AUGCCUACAGUUUCUGUCAGCAAAUAUGAUCUCUACGAGGCUCUCGGCCAGCAGUAUACAACCGAGGAAUUCGACGAACUUUGCUUUGAAUUUGGUAUCCGAUCCUUCUAUGCUAGCCUUGAUAUCGGAUAACUAAUAAAGCCAUUCGUCCAUAGGAAUCGAACUAGACGAGGAUGUACAACUUACACACUUCCCUAUUAUAUCCUACCUGCCGACCCUCGAAGUCUGCUAAUUGCGAUUUAGACAGAGGACGACCCCGACAGACCUAAGGAUGAACCCCCCCAGCUGAAGAUCGAGAUUCCCGCCAAUAGGUAAGAUUGUCCCUUUGUUUGUCGUUUGUUUCUGAAUACUGACGACGCGACUUAAUGGUAGAUAUGACAUGCUCUGUCAUGAGGGGAUUUCCUUGAUGCUCAACAUCUUUCGCGGGAGAGCAUCUAUUCCGAACUAUCGUGUUGUUGCUCCCGCCAAUAGUGAAGUUCACCAGAUUACUAUUCACAAAGAGGUAUCGUCUAUAUGAUACAAUCGCUAUGCCCGUCUUCUCCCUGGCUGACUUCUCCAUCGGACCACCAAAAUUCGUCCUUAUGUAUCUGCUGCUGUCUUGCGAGGCAUCAAGUUUACUCGGGACCGUUACGAUUCCUUCAUUGCCCUUCAAGACAAGCUCCACCAAAACCUGUGCCGGCAGCGUACUUUGGUCUCUAUGGGAACUCACGACCUAGAUGCUGUCAAGGGCCCAUUCACAUACGAGGCUCUUCCUCCAGAAGAAAUCGUGUUUGCUCCUCUGAACCAGGAGAAGGUGAUGAACGGCAAAGAGUUGAUGGAAUUCUACGAGGUAUUCAGCCACAGACGGCUCCCAUAAUGCGUGAAUCAUGUCUGACGGCCUCAGAACGAUAAACACCUCGGGAGGUACCUCCACAUUAUCAGAGAUUCCUCUGUGUACCCGGUAAUCCUUGAUGCCAGCAGAAACGUGUGCUCGUUGCCUCCAAUCAUCAACAGCAAUCUCUCUAAGAUUACAUUGGACACAAGAAAUGUUUUCAUUGAAGUCACUGCUACAGACCGGACCAAGGUUGAGAUUGUCACCAAUAUUCUUGUGGCUAUGUUCUCGCAAUAUUGUGAUGACCCUUUCACGUACUUCUCCCACUCUUCUGAUGCAUCAAUUGAUCUAAAGCUAAUAUAAAAUUCUAGAGUUGAGCCUGUGAAGAUAAUUUCUCCUCACAACAAUGAAUCACGCCAGGUUCCAAACAUGACUCCCCGCUCCACCACAGCAGAGGUAUCCUACAUCAACUCAUGCUGCGGCCUUCAACUUUCGGCCCCCGAGAUUUGCACAAUGCUCGACAAGAUGGCUUACACCGCCAAGCCCUCGAGCUCAGAUCCCAAUCUUCUAGAUAUUGAUGUCCCGGUUACCCGGGCUGACGUCUUGCACCAAUGUGAUAUCAUGGAGGACGCGGCCAUUGGCUAUGGGUUCAAUAACUUGCCGAGGACCUUUCCGGGAAAGAGCGGAACAAUCGCCGCCCCUCUGCCUAUAAAUAAGCUCAGCGACAUUGCCCGUCUGGAGGCAGCCAUGUGCGGAUGGUCGGAGGUCUUGCCUCUCAUCCUGUGCUCGCAUGACGAGAACUUUGCCUGGUUGAACAGGAGAGAUGAUGGCCAUACUGCGGUUAGACUCGCCAAUCCCAAGACCGCAGAGUACCAGAUUGUGCGCACCAGUUUGUUACCCGGUGUUUUGAAGACGAUUCGCGAAAACAGGAAACACAGUUUGCCCAUCAAAGUCUUUGAAGUGAGCGACGUGGCGUUCAAAGACGAGAAACUCGAGCGUAAGAGUCGCAACGAGAGGCACUUUUGCGCUGCUAUUUGUGGGAAAACUAGUGGCUUUGAGGCUGUUCAUGGGUUGCUUGAUAGGAUUAUGGCUAUGCUCAGCACCAAGGUGUCAGAGGCUGGCGCGAUGGAGCAAGAGGGUUAUUGGAUUGAAGAGACCGACGGUAAAUUGAUAUCCCCAGGAAUGGUUUUCUACGAAAGAUAGUGCAAGGACUAAUGCUACAAUAGAGCCAACAUAUUUUCCCGGUAGAGCUGCAUCUAUCUGGGCUAGGCAUAAGCACGGCAAAAAGCAAUCUAUUGGGACCUUUGGAAUGUGAGUGAUAACACAUGAUGGGUAGCUUGGUAGUUAAUCACACUAACCCUUCUAGCUUGCACCCCUCCGUCCUGGAAAAGUUUGAAAUACCCUACCCAGUAUCCACCUUGGAGCUAAAUCUUGAGGUUUUCCUG